GUGGGCUUGAAUGUGAGGGAGCUGUUGCUGUGAAGAGAAACGAACCGGGUGUCCGGGGCCCUCCUUCUUCCUCUGCCUAAUGAACAGGGCGAGACGGAAGCGGCAGGUGGCCAACCGCAAACCGGCCGAACCAGACGGUGAGUGUCCAAUCGAUGCUCUUACAUCUCAAUCUGUUCGCGUGCCGUUUUCUUUCGAAACAAACGCAUCAAACUGUCCCUUCUGCCCACCUCGUUCAGGCGGGGAGGUGAGUGACGAGGUGGACGACCUGCCAGCAGCCACCCCGGCAGCCAUGCAGAAAGACGGCAGACCCGUGUGCGUGUAAGGCUGCACAGGAUGGACAAACGAAAGAGAGGCCCACAGGGUGCGAUAACCCCGUGUCGAUGCGUCCGCUGCAGGCCGAUGAACAUGCUUGUCGCGCCCGCGCCCGACUACAGCUCGUCCGUGGCCCCCCAUCCGCCAAUUCCAGAGCCUCUGUACAGCGCCCCACCGUCACUCAUGGACGACAUACAGAGGCACGAGAACCAACGGGCAAGUGGGAUCCUUCAUAGGUUUUGUCGCCAUGUGAGACCCAUUCUUGCUCUGAUCAUGCUUCUUCCUUGAAUCAGAGUGCCAGGCCCGAACUCUUCAUCAACAGAGUAGUGUUCGACAGCUUCGACAGCAACGUGGAGGGGGGCAGCGAGCCAGCCACCUCUGGCGCGGGGACAGGGGCAGGAUACGCGAGUGGGGACACGACCCUGACGUUUGAGAGCCGGUUCGUUUUUGAGUAGUCGAGACAAAGUCGACCGGUGUCUCAAUAAUGGUGAGGUUCCUAUACAUAUCUGUAUUCCUGUCAGGUUUGAGAGCGGCAACCUCAGGCGGGCUGUUCAAGUGUAAGCGAAGAAUGAGGCUGUGUCAUUAACAUGUAUCAUUGUGGCUGUGUUUUGGCUCUGCAUACCCAUACACCAGGGGUGAAUGGGAGUACGACCUCUACUUGAACCCGGACUGGUACGAACAAAACAACGCGAUAUGGGACAGACGUGCACAAAUGCUGCGUAUGUGACUCAGGCUGACCAAAACACACACACAAUGGUAGGGAGCGAGGGAGACACAAGGAUGCGGAAGGAGACUCAAGGGGAGUGGGGCUAUGCUUUCUGUUGCCUCUCAGGUAUCACUACCGUCUGUCGAACACACGCCGCGGACCGAAGUACAAGGUCAGUCAACAGAUAAUGCGUAUACAGCGAAGGAUGUCAAUCGCAUUCAACACAUAGUGUCCCGGUGCCCGUCAGUUCAACAUCGUGAACAUGGUCAAGCCCUCGUCAGUGUACUCGGAAGGACAGCGGCCCCUCUGCUACUCAGUCAAGGCGGCGGCCGAGUGCGGUCUGGGAUGGCAUCGGUGCGGCAUCGACAUCGCCUACUAUCCAAAUAGCCUCGGCAACAAAGUUCGUAGGGACAGCUCACCCGCAGCACAGCCGCCAAACAAUAGCAACAGCAGCAGUAGCAACAAACAGAUCGCCUUCUACACGCUCACCUUCGCCGCGCAAUUUGAAUGUAGGCAACAUGGAUGCAAGAAAGGGAAACACAUUCCUGCGUGCCUGUGUAACGCAUAGAUGACAACGACACUGUGUCGUUCGCCCACUGCUACCCAUACACACUCACCGACCUGCAACGGUAGGCGAGUUGCCAAAAAGGAGACCAUCACUAUCUCUUUUUACCGCAUUAUUCCAGGUACAUGUCUGCAUUGGAAGCAGGUAGCCUGUUCUGGUCGUCAGCUUCAUCUAUUCAUUCAUUGAUUGCGUCUCCAAUGAACUGCGCAGACCCCUUUCGUUCGCAGUGGCUCAGGCGACGUCGACUCUGCGAAACUCUGGCGGGCAACGCGUAAAGUCACUACAUAUGAACACGAUUGAUCUCAGCGUACACUUUCCCUCUCCUGCCGCCAGGUGUGACCUGAUCACCAUAACGUCUUUCAGUUCGAAUCACGAGGAAAUGAGACGUCGCAAGGGAGUCGUCAUUACCGGUGAGACAGCCAGGCAGCUUCUCAAACAAAAGAAAGUUCAUUUUGUCGGGUGCAUGUGUCAUGUGUCAUGUGUCUUCAGCUCGUGUUCAUCCAGGUGUAAGUGUCUGAGUGCAUCUGUCUCGCACCUUUUUUCACCCGGUGCACGUGUCUCACUGCUUCUGUCAUUAGGAGAGUAACGCCAGUUGGAUGAUGCAUGUGAGUCGCGAAAGAAAGGAAAAGAGAAACAGCCCCAUGUACACACCAGGAAUGCGGUUUCAGGGAGUGCUGGAUUUCCUAACGGUACCGUAUGUCACUCAUUCAUCAUGCGCCCCUACACUCAUUCAUCAUGGGCUAGGGGCGCAUGAUGAAUGAGUGUUGGCCAUGCUGGGAUGUUCACAUAUCUCACGCUCAGGGCGAAACGCCAGAGGCCCAUGCGCUGCGCGAGGGCUAUGUGUUUAAGGUGGUCACUCAUUCAUCAUUCUUCAUCGCACAUGAUCGUUUGUCUGUGUUUGUCGAUGCUUGUCUGGUUGUCUGGGCUCGCUCCUUCAGCUCAUUCCUAUGCUCAAUCCCGACGGAGUGGUUGUAGGGAACUACAGGUCUCUGGCAUGUGAUUGACAGGAAGGAAGAUCGAUCGAUCCUCCAACACUAGUUGCAUGUGCUUGUCUGGAUAUGCCACGCUCCGCAGGUGUUCGCUGUCGGGCCAGGAUCUGAACAGGUAAGACUGACUGGUCAGCAAGGCAACACCGAGUUUGAUAUUUCCUUCGCGCUGCGUCCAUCUGAACAGAUGCUGGAUAGACCCAUCCCGCCGGUUGCAUCCCACCAUCUUCUGCACAAAGCAGAUGGUCUGUCGCCUGCAGGAGGACCGUGAGGUCGUGCUCUUUUGCGACCUUCACGGACAUUCGCGAAAGUGCGACGUAGAACCUCCAGGACACUGCAGCAUGACUCACAGAUGGCACUGGGUGAUUCAUUCGGCGCGUCUGUGUCUGUGUCUGUUUCUGUUUCUGUGUCUGUGUCUGUGAUGGCAAUGGGAAAUGACCGCUGACCCCUCUGCUUGAACGAAGGAAGAACAUGUAAGCAGGAUAAGCUGUAAGUCAACCGAGCCACUUCCAGGAUCGCUUGUUCCAAUUUUCGCUUGUUUCAAUUUGUAGGUUCAUGUAAGCAGGACGCCAGGAGGACGCCAAGCGGGCAGAAUAAUCAAUACACCGGCCUUGGGCAUGCGUGCAGGUAUGGCAAUAGUUUGGAGGACAGCCGCAGCUGUCGAGAGCGCGUGUUUCCUUACUUGGUAAGCAGAUCCCUUACUUGGUACGAUCGGAGGCUCCACGCCGGCAUGUGUCUAUCUCUCUGUCUGCCUUACCCUUCACGUCUCCUCGUUUCAGCUUUCACAAGCCGUCGAGUACUUUGACUUUGGAGACUGUAACUUUCGCAUACAGAAAGCAAAGGAGGCGACGGCCAGGGUAUUCAACAUGCACAUCUGUGUCUUGUUCCCACUCCACUUAUGGACACUCUAUGGCUCCAUCAACGAUAGGUCGUGAUGUAUCGGGAGCUGUCAAUCUCCAACAGCUACACGCUCGAGGUGUCCGCGCAUGUCCUACUGAUGCUGCUGCUGGAUGGUGGAUGUAUGAUGUGUGGCAGGCCUCGUUUUGCGGCAGUGAUGUGGACCACCACUCGGGCUCUCACUUCAACACCACAAAUUAUCAGCACAUGGGACGGAUGCUCUGUUCGACGAUCCUUGAAUGGGCGAAGCCCGACCAGGUCAGGGUUGCCAGUGCGCUAGUGGAACUGCAGGCCAUGAUGGCGGCCGAGAGUGAGGAGCACGUAGCAGAGGAGGAACAAGACGUGAGCGACCCAGAGGAUGACGAACCGGCGACAGACCAGCCCACCAAAACCACACGUGACAAGCCCACUGCCAAGGACAGAGAGGAUUCAAAUGGCGCCAAACUCAUCCGCGCCCAGCAACAGCAGCAACAGAAGAGACGCACAAGGCGCCGGGCCCUUCGCGAGGCCGCCUUUAUUGCCGAAAUGACCGAGCUCAACAAUACGGCUUUCUUCAUGCCUUCGAUCAUCAGAGACGUCACAGCGAAGACACCGAGCGUCGUUAGAAGAGGACAAGCCACCAGAGGACAGAAUGCAGGGGAGCUGAGGCGUACUGAGUCGUUGGGGUCGUCCAGCAAUGGGAUGGCACCUUGCAGCAGCGCCAACGCGAGGAAGGGCCGUGAGGGGGAUGCAGCCCGCAGAGACAUGUCCAUGGAUGGGAGGCUGCAGCAUACUGCACUGCCCGCGACCGGAGGGUAUGAAUGCUCGAUCGAUCCCGAACUGCAUGAGGUCUCCCGUCGUCUUCUCAUUUCCUAUCCAUGCUUUGCCAGUGGCAGGAGCAAGGUGCCGCGUAAAGCCCCGGAAACGCCCCCGAACAAGCCACUAGCAGCAAAGAGCAGUCAGAAGGGCGUCACCGGAACCAACGCCAACGGGCCGCCCACCCUGCUGCCGGCCAGACCGGUCCACAGACUGCUGCUGCCUCACGCCGGGACAUUAAAGCGCACCUCGACACCCCCGUCCCCUGCAUUGAUGCGACCACCCAGUCAGCCACCGUUCUCCCCCUCACCGUCGCCCCCUCCCUCAUAUCAGCAGUGGGUGGGCGGCAGACUGCAGGGAGGCAGGAGAAGCGACUUGCCAGGCGGUGGCGCUGGCACAGCCAGCCAGAGGGGCGGCAAUGGGGGAAGGGGAAGGGCCUCUCGUCCUCUACCCUUGAUGUCACUGAAUGUGUCCGUCGAGGGCAAGACUGCCGCCAAUCUGCUUGAGAGAGGUCAAGAGGUCAAGGCCAAAGGUGAGACAGCUGCGAAUACAUAAAAUGUAUGAAUCUUACAGCACGACCACAAACCAAUCGCAGGCGAGGUCAUGCCAAAGAGUGUAUCACCGCGUCCCCUUCCUGUUGACAAGAAAGUCGACAAGAAGGGGAAGGAGGACGGCAAGGCGGUGGGCAACAGUAAAGAUGCUGCCUGGGAAACAGUGGCGAAGGCGGGGAGUCACAAAAAGAACAAAGCACAAAAGGUGACAACACGAAGACUUGCGGCACAUGGAGUCAAGUUUGUGAGUCACUUUUUGUGCUAUUCUGUCUACUAGCGGAAGAAGCGUCAGUCAAAAAGCCGCGCCCCGCCACUCACCGCGACGCAGCCUACCGCGACGGGGCAGAGCGAAGACGGAUCUUAUGCACCGCAGGAUAUGGCAGUGACAAGACCCGUGCCCCGUCCAACGCCAUUCGCAGCACCAUUACUGCCAUUUCCGCCCUUCCUGUUGCUCCUUCGCCAGCCGUCGGGGGCGGGGCGCCUGCUUGACCCUGACCCUGGCUCGCGGAGCUAUCUAUAGUGGAGAGUUGUGUGGUUUAUGCCCUGACCGCCCUGAUCGUGUGCAGAACCAACAAGCCUGACGCGUCAGGCAAAAGUAUGAGCGUGUGUGGAUUCUUGAUAGUCCUUGCAUUGGUCCGCGGGCGAUCAUGACAGUGUACAACAGUUGGCGGCCGUUCUUGUCGUAUUGGUCUCGGUAUUGUGCGCAAGUACCGAGCGAUCCCUUGAACGCAAGGUCAUUCAUGUUUUUGAGACUCGGCCCACAUGCUCUGCAUGAAGACUGCGUCUGAAACACG